AUGGAUUACGACUCGACUGAGAUUCCCCCUAUCCCUACUCGCGCCCACAAUCAUCACGGCCAUUCUCGACGUCGAUCCUACCAAGGCCCUUCAUCAUCGUCGAAUCGCAACUCCAAUCUUCCUCCUGCCAGUCCCGAAGUCAUCUCCAACCUCAUUACCAGUCUUAGCGUCAUCUCUGAGCCUGCUAUUUCUCACUUUGAAGCAUCUCCCACUAGUCUUUCGCUGCCUGCCACUCCUGGUUAUCGCAACGGCAGUUUUGGUGUAGAGUACGGAGCGUUUCAUCAGCCCAGUCUUGACGACUUGAGACAGGACCCUGUCUCUCUCGACGAACUCGCCGCUUUACCUCCAGUCAUCCGCACUUCGAAACCUCCCAGUGGAUACUCACCGCUAACCGCCACCAAGAGUCCAAAAAGUCCCAGAACCCCAAGCCGCGAGAGUUCUGGUGGCUUCCGAUCUUUCAUCCGCAAUAGCACAUCUCGGCCAUCGUCCAAGGGCUCCUCCGCUUGCUCCAAGAACGAUGAUGCCAACAGUAUAGGAAAGCUUUCGAUCGAACGUCGCUCUUCAGUGACACCUGAGCUGAAUCACAAGCAAUCCAGCGAUAGUUGGGGCAAGAAGACUUCCAGAAGCCAGAAAGGACUGAUGUAUAUGAGUUCCAGGGAGCGUUUGCGCGAGAAGGAAGCUGAGCGAAAGCGCGUGUCAGGUGGAGUAUCGGCCUCGUCAUCUGGCGCUCUUCCCGGCGAGAGUGUUCACAGUGGUAAUCGUAACGAUCCGUUCUUUGCUGAGACAGCAAUUCGUGAGGAGUCGCAUUACGAACUACCCCUCGAGCGCCCAAUUGACGCCCCGUGCGCUAUCCCCGCGCGUGGUUCUAGCCUGGCAAAGACUGGACAGCAGAAGCGACCAAGCACAAGGAAACCAAGACGAGAGGACAGCGCAGUCGCUGAUGUAAUCCCGGAAACCGAAGAGCAUAAUAAGCCUCGAAAUCGGGAUAUGAACAGCCAAACGUUAAGUCAUGCGGCGCAUGACCAGUCAAGGUCAUCCACUAGAUCGCCUGUCUAUAGGCUCAAAGAGCCGAGCCUAUCAAAGAGCACCAGCGUGGCGGGCAGGAGCUUCCUUGACCUUGGCAGAGAUGAUAACGGCCUCAGCGACGAAGAGGAUGAAGGCGCGCCGUUCCCUGCUGUAGCGCAAAAUCGCAGGAGAGAUCAAAGCAUGGACCGCCAAGACCGAAGACUAUCGGGACGUCAGAGUCCGGCGCCGGCUGAAGGCAUCAAGAUAAAGCGCAGUAGCUCACGUCUCAAGCGUUUAUCUGCUCCUCUGGUGCCCCGAGCCGACGAACGAAACCGCCGAAGCCCCAGUCCUCAGCCUGUACAGAGCCAUGCAUCUGUCGGCUACGAACGUCCUCAAUCCGCCGAUUCUGUCGAUGAUGCUGUUGAGUCAUAUCUAUGCUCACCACGUCUGUCGCAAAAGAUCCGACAUCCACAAACCGGCCGUGUGAUAUCGUUCUCAGAAGUCGGUGAUUCUGAGGGUUCUGCAGUCUUCUGCUGUGUGGGAAUGGGAUUGACAAGAUAUAUCACUGCCUUUUAUGAUGAGCUGGCAUUGACAUUAAAGUUGCGGCUUAUUACCCCCGACCGGCCGGGUGUUGGCGAUAGCGAACCUUAUUCGGAUGGCACUGCUACGCCGCUGAGCUGGCCUGAUGAUGUCUAUGCUAUCUGCCAGACUCUGAAGAUCACUAAAUUUUCUAUUCUGGCUCACUCCGCCGGUGCCAUUUACGCUUUAGCCACAGCCUUACGAAUGCCUCAACACAUCCGGGGUAGAAUACACCUACUCGCGCCCUGGAUUCCUCCCUCACAGAUGAACGUCUUCGGCACCUCACAAACUCUUCCUCCCACCAACGCUAUUCCCACCUCGCAACGAAUCCUUCGAGCCCUUCCUACGCCUAUCCUCAAGGCUGCCAACAGCAGCUUUAUGACAGCGACAAGUAGCUCCAUUACGAGUUCGUUACCGAAGACACCACGAAGAUCAAAGCGAAAGAACGGCGGGCGCGAAAGUACAGGAAGUACCCGAAACACGACACCGAGUUUAGUAGACAAGGAAAAUGUUUACGCCAAAUCUCCUGGUCACGGUGACAGGGAUUUACCUAACGCUUCAGAAAAUAUGAACAGGUUGAGCAUUGGCCAAGGCACGAGGGGCGAAACGGAUAUUCUUGCAGCGGCGGCCGACGCCAUGGCCGAUAAAGAACGCCAGACGACAUACGACCUCCGCUUGACGCACGCCAUUUGGGCGCUUGCCACUACGGGAGCCAAUCCCGCCGUAGACCUGCUAGUCUGUCUUGAGCGACGCCAUACUAUCGGAUUCCGCUACGUCGAUAUAACUAGACCCGUCGUCAUCCAUCACGGCAGCAGAGACACCCGUGUUCCUGUGGACAACGUCAAAUGGCUGGGCAAGACUAUGCGCCGCUGCGAGGUCAGAGUCCUGGAAGGUGAAGGUCACGGUCUCAUGGCUAGCGCGAGCGUCAUGGGCUCGGUCCUAAUGGAGAUGAGCAAAGAGUGGGAGGACUGGAUGAAGGUCACCGGGGUGGAGGGUCGGAAAGAUCGCGAGAGGGGACGACGAGGUACGCUCGUGCGAUAA